UUUUGGUUUAGUUCAGGUUUGCGUUCGUAAGCACACAUUUUUGGUUAUGUGUUCAGCAUCUCCACCAAUCGCACGAGUGCGCUACUGAAGUCGUAAGCGUUCAUUUCAGUGGUUUUGCAGAUGCCUGACUGGGUACUUCUGGUGCUGAAUUGGCGAUGCAUCGCUCCAUCGUUGCUCGCACGCCACUCUUUUCUUGCCACGUUUAUGGCCUCGUGCCCUAUCUCUUCUACACGAGGCAUUGUUAAACUAUUGAAAUCAAUAUUGUUUUGCUAUCACCCACAGGACCAGGUUAGAGGAUGUAAAAAUGCUCUUACCCUCCGUUGGUCACUCUCAACUGGCAUUGAGAUCCCCUUUUUAUCGUCUAGAGGCAAGUUUUUUAUUUCCUACUAUGGAUUAUAACGUAUCUAACGGCAGACGAAUGAUCCAGCCUUAUCCUGUUAAUAUGGGGCCUGGUCUUAUGAACUAUUCACCGUACUUCUUACUUUCGCAAUCACCCGCUUUAAGCGAUAUCUCCCUUCCUUUGGAUGAUCUAUAUCGUUCCCAAUCAGCACCUCCCUGCCUGGGGCAACACAAUCAUUUCGGCUCCCCUCUUCCCAUCCCUCCAUUAUUUUCUGAUUCCGACAUGUUCUCGUUGGCUUCUUCCGCAUACGAUGGCGUUCAUUCUUCUUCAAAGGAACAUAUUCCUCGUCCUCCGAACGCAUUCAUGCUCUACCGUUCCCAUAUGCUCAAAAGUCGGGGUAAUGCUGACCCUGAGAAGCGUCAGCAGAAUCUCAGCCGCAUCGCAGGGCAGCUCUGGAGAGAUAUGAGCCAGGAAGACAGAGCUGUGUGGCAUAAGAAGGCAGCGGAAGUUCAAGCCGCUCACUAUGCAAAGUACCCUCACUACAAAUUCAGGCCCAACCGCAGGGGUACUAAGUCGGUAGCCAAGACCCUUCAAGUUAGUGGUUACUAUCUGCAGCCCACGGAAGCAGAGCCAUCCGCAGGCCCAGUGCGACGUGCUCGCUCAAGUAGGGUCCGCCGGAAGGGUGUUACGCAUGACGAUCUCCUCGGUGCACCGGAAACACUUUUUCCAUCGUCUGUUCCGUCUUCAUCUUCAUCUUCGCCUGCGCUCUCUCCUCUAUGCUUGCCACCUUUCCUUCCGACGUUCUCUUUACCUGAAAGCAUGUGUAGCAACGAGCAGGCGAACGCCAUUCUGUCUCGUCCUCAGAAUGCACUUGGCUUGGAAUCAAGUUCAGCACAGCUUCCUGCGCCAGGACUAAUUGAGAUGUUUUCCGCUUUUGCCUGCGAUCCCGAUGCUACGCCAACUGCAGCAACUUUCCAACGCAACGGCGACAUACCGCAACCCGAUCAGGCUGCUCAGUUCCAAGAUGACGUAUUCCUUGGACUCGAGCAGCUGCGUCUUCCCCAUAAUUCAACGGAUUAUGCACAUGACGCAACUCAUCUGUCCGCGCUGGUACAUGGACCGGUAAACGGUUAUCAGCUGUCGGCCCAAUCUUAUUCGUGCGCGGAUGCUUUCGGUGGGGCUACGUCAUGCACCUCUGAUUCGAUCUUCUCCGAAUUUGGGUUUCCCCUUUCGAUGCCGGACCAUGAGCAUAAUCAUCAUGACGAGUGGAGCGAUGCCGCGUGGAUGCUUGAGUUGGAGAAGAGGUUAAAUAUAUGAAAUGCCUCCUUACAGUUAUGAUCGUCACGUACCUUCUUUGUAGUUUAUCCUGUAUUUUUUAGUAUACCUAUUACGCAAGUCCACUGUAUUGAUAGAACUUUCUCUCUCUCAUUCUGAUGAAGCUCGAUUCGAUCCAUAGGUGCUGUUAUUGUACGAUUAGUAUUUCAUAACGCGAGGCGUCCAUCC